AUGUCGAAGCUCUAUAAUUACGACAUGCGGCGGGUGCAGCAGAUCAAGGACUCUAUCGACCGUCCUACCAUCUGUGGCUACCUCCCCACCAGCUCCUCCCGUCGCUCGCGCACUGCGCGCUACCUCGGCGGCGCGGCGCGGAUCGUGGGCAUCCUGCGCGACCGGCUCUCGUCUUGGCAGGUGCGCGAAUACGAUCGGCUCCACCACGCCGCUAUGGCGAUUCCCGAGAACUGGGUUCAGGAAUGCCACGACGCAGCGAGAAAGCUGUGGCAGUAUGCGUCCAGCAUGGACAUGUACGUCCCUCGCCCCCCGGAGCGGCACGUCCACUUCCAAGACCGGCACGCGAGCGCUUUCUCCAGCAAACCCCUCGCGGGGCGGUACGCGGCGCCCUCGUCGACCUCGAGCGCCUGCUCGUCCUGCCCGUCCUCGGGCUGCUCCUGCUCCGCGACGGACGGAAGCUACUACUCCCCCGGUUGGAACUACCAGUGGUUCGCGGCACUGCCCUCGGUCUGGGUCCCCCUCCAGACACGCUUCGCUUGGUGA